CAACUCUCUUUAUUUAAAGCAAAAAAAAAACAAAGUUUUAAAUAAUCAGACGACAAUUGUUUGUAUAGAUGGCAAAAUCUAUUCUCUCUCACCCCCCUUGUUUUCUUCUCUUCCUUCUCUUAACCAUCAAUGGCGUUCACACUAAACUCUUCUGCGGCAACGAAACCUUUUCUCCAAACACAACGUAUGAUGAAAGCCUAAACACUCUCUUGCGUUCUCUUGACUCAAACGUUAUCGCACAACGCGGUUUCUAUAACGCUUCUCUGGGCGGAGUUUACGCUCUUGCCCUUUGCGGUAAACACUACGCGGAUCAAGCUUGUCGUCGUUGCGUCGAUAGAACAAGUAUGAGUAUGUUAACACUGUGCCAAGGCAAAACAGAAGCAUAUCACUGGGAUUCCGAAGCCGAUACAGACGUUUCUUGUCUAGUACGUUACUCAACUCUCCCAACAUUUGGCAAACUAAAGCUUGACCCACUCGAGAAUACUCCUCACACAAGUCUUCCCUCUACGAAUCUGACCCGUUUCACCGAAGAGUUUAGUGCGAUGGCUAAUCGAACAAUCGAGGUUGCAUCCACGGCUGAUGAUUCUUCAGCAUUGAAGUUCUACGGAAUCUCAAGUGCCGAGUUUACUGAUUUUCCUGAGGCUUAUAUGCUGAUGCAGUGCACACCCGAUUUAUCUUCCAGUGAAUGUAAUCAUUGUCUGAGAGAGAAUGUUAGGUAUAAUCAAGAAGAUUACUGGGAAAGAAUCGGGAGCACUAUUGCGCGCCCUAGUUGCUAUUUCCGGUGGGAUUUAUACCCUUUUUUAGAAGCAUUCAAUAAUCUAGAGAAAAUAUCCGCGCCUCCUCGACCUCCUCAACCUGCUCCAGAGGAUUCCCAUAUCAAGAAAGGAAGAAUUUUUCAACCAUGGAGCAUUGUGGUUAUCGUCGUUCCUACAAUCAUAAAUAUUUUCGUGUUUGUUGCUUUCGUGCUUGCUUAUCGCCAGAUGCGGCGGAGGAUUUAUGCUGAUAUCAACAACAUAAAUGCUCUGUUUCUAGACUUGGAAAUGCUCAGUUUCAGACAUAAAUGCUCUAUUCUAGACUUGGAAAUGCUCAGUUUUAGACUUGGCUGCUCUGGUUUAGUUUUAGACAUGGAUGUUGUAGCAUGGAAGAGAUGGGUUGAAGGAGAGCCUGAGAGUUUAAUCGACCCUUACUUAAACGAACCUCCGAUAAACGAGAUCAUAAAGUUGAUUCAGAUUGGUUUGUUGUGUGUCCAAGAGAAUGCAGCAAAGAGACCAACUAUGAACUCUGUAAUAGUUUGGCUUGCAAGAGACGGUACUUUGACAAUACCUAAACCUACAGAAGCAGCUUUCGUCACUCUCCCUCUCUCGGUGAAACCUGCAAAUAGAUCCUUGAAUAAGUCUAAAGACAAAGAUUCUGCGUUUUCAGUGAACGAGGUUUCGGUUACUGUGUUGUAUCCUCGGUGAAGCUUCCAUUUUAUCCGCCUGUUGAGUGUUUCAAGUUACAAAAGCUUCCGAGCACAGAGGACACAUUAUCUGCAUUCAAUAAAUAAACUUUAGUGGUGGAUAGCGUAAGAGGCAAGAAAGUUCCUGUGAACUUGUUGGAGGUUGGAUAUACAGUAUUGGGAGAAUUAGAUCCAGUUUGGUUAAAUUUUGUCACCGAGUUAUUUCAGUUUCGGUUCGAUUAGAUUUUUUUUAUUUUAGGUAAAUACUUUUCUUAAUUCAUUAGAUUUUAUCUUGUGUAUUUUCAAAAUCGGAUUAAUCGGUUCAGAUUUGUAUGUGUGAAAAAUUCCAAUACCAAUCCGUUUAUAUCUUUCA